CUUGAUCUACAAAACAACACAUACCAACCAAGACAAGCAUGGAAUUCCAAAAACAAUUGAUCAAUCGUUGUAUAGUUUUUAUGAUAUUAUCAUUACAUUUUGACUGCUCUUUCAAAGUCAUCGGCCAUUGUCCCGCAACUGUGAAACACCGUAUCCUGCUUCCAAAAUUUCAGCUUCGAAGACUCAUAGAUACCGAUUGGUUAGGAUGCAUUGUAGCCUGCGAUAAUGAACCAAGUUGCUUUUCCUACAACUUUUGCUUUAGAGAAAUAGAAGACUUGGGCAUUUGUGAUUUGAAUAGGUGUUGGGUUGAAGAGAAUAAGCAUUACGGAAAAGACUCUUUACUAGUCUAUGCUUCAGGUUGUGUCUUCCAACAACUGCCCAAAAAAAUUAGCCAGGGUUUUCCUGUUUGCCAACGAGAGGAAAAACCGAAAGAACCAAGAUGGAUGAAAGUCAACUUAUCCUCCAUAUGCCUCAGCACCACGGCCAAUGUACAAGUCGUCAUGCCAGCUAGUGGUCAAGUCACAGGAAUGAAGCUAGCCUUCGUCAGCGGUUCUAUAACGUGCAACAAAUCCGAUCCUAAAUGUGCUGGAAAGUGGGGGUGUUCGUGCUGUAAAAUCUGUACCCGAGGUUACACAAACAAGAGACUUGACAUCAUAAUUACGAAUGCGAACAACAAUCGUAUAUUCCCAAGCAACAGAUAUCCUUCAAGUCACAACGUUUGGUAUGCUAUUCCAAAUCAAACGAACGAAGAUGAAAACCUCGUGUUUCCUAAUCUUACCGUUCCUCUGACCGUUAAAAGAAAUGAGCCGUUGGUCGUAUGGUACAGCAUUCAUUUAUUGGAUCGCGGGCCAGCUUGGAGCAUAAGCAAUGGAAGAGUCUGCUUCAAUGUUUACGUCUUUUAUACCAAAACGACAGACUAAAAAUAAGAUGGUGAGAUCUAUAGCACCAAAACAAUGAGAAUUCAGCUAGUGAGCAUGCUUGGCGAUUCUCGCUCAUCAACUAAUGACGGCCUGACACUUUCACUGGCGAUUACAUGUACAAAAAGAGAUGCGAGUUGAUUCCCUAAUUCCUUGAAAAAGCUCUAUUAUUAACAGAAGAAGUAGCACCACGAAGUAGAUUGACGAACAGUUUGUAGUUCACAUUCAAAUGUGGGAAAUUAAAUCCAAAAAUCAAUUAUUCAACUAUCAACUUUCAAAAAUUAACUAGACGUAGAUAACUUUUAUUUACUUUAUUCCUGAAAAAUUGAUGUGCCUAUAAAUAGAUUUAAUAUUCUUUUUUUCAGCUAUCUUAUUGUUACUGACCAUAGUUCUAUCCUAAUAGUAAUUAUUUCCAGCACGAAAAAAAGGGGGGAUGGGGGUGGGGGGCUGUGUGGCAAUCAUCACAUUGCUGGAUAUUCUACACAUAGUCGAGGUUAACCACUGCCUGAGUAAUAAAGAAUAGACGAGUUUGGAGUUCCAAAUGACCGCUGUGUUCCUUGAUUACAGACUAAUUUACUCAGGGGUAAGCCUUGAACCAGUGUCUAUAUUGAUGGUUUUCAUUCCCAAGAGAAUAAAAUAACAAAAGACACGGCGGCCAUGUUGGAGGAUAUAACAAAAGAGUUCAUUGACAAUUUUUUUGUUAAGUUCCUCCAACAUGGCCGCCGUGAAAACCCGCAUCAAUUCACAAAUUCCAACGGUUAAGUAAAGAAUGCAAAACUUCAAUUAUAAUACAAACAGUUUGAAAUUCCAUGGCCCUUCAUGCGAACACUUGAAUAUUCUAGUCGAGACUAAUCCCUGCCUGUCGAGUAAUAAAGAACUCGAAGUUUAAGUAUACUAAGAUCAUUUUUAUAGAAACCAAUUUAGUUAAUUUGAUAAUGGUAGUGAACCUAGUUAAUAGAGGGGAAGGGUUAGGAAACCUAUUGUUAUCAGGUCUCUGUUCGCUUGUGAGCCGGGUUGAACCGGUCUUGACCGUGCAAUAUGUUUGAUUUAUGCUCAUCCGAAAUUGCAAAAUAAGCAAACAAACUUUGUCUAUGGGAUCAUUGUAAGGAAUAUUCAAAUAUCUCUUUAAAAUCUUUAAGUAUUUUGAACUAGCAGGCAAAAGAAAGAUUUUGGUCUGUUCACUCAGCAGUUCCCAACAAUGGUAAAACAAAGGAUUGUGCACGGUCACGCUUGAAAAAAGUGAACGAUAACCUAUAACGAUAGUUUCCUAACCAUACCCCUCUAUUAACUAUGUCGUGAAUAAAUAACAAUUUAGCUUAGAAAUAUGUUACAACACUCUUAGAACUGAAUACAUUGUAUUUGUAUA